AUGGUAAAAAUCACCCUUGAAUUAAUACGAAAACGCUCGGAGCACAACGAGGGUGAAAUAUCGACGUUGGAAGAGAUAGCUUUGCAUCAAGAGAAUAUCGAUGAAAUCCAGCUGAUAGAUAGACAUUGCCGGCAUCUCAAGAUCCUCUUAUUACAGAAUAAUCUUAUAUCAAAGAUCGAGAAUCUGAGUAUGCUGAAGAGAUUGGAAUACUUGAACUUAGCCCUCAAUAACAUCAAGGUUAUCGAAAAUCUAGAGGGUUUAGAGAGCUUAAAGAAGUUAGAUCUCACCGUCAAUUUCAUCGGCAAUUUACAGAGCGUAAAAAGUCUCAGGUGCAAUGAGAAUCUGGAGCAAUUAAUUUUAAUGGGAAAUCCGUGCGCGGAUUAUGAAUAUUACAGACAAUAUAUUGUGGCGACUCUGCCGCAAUUGCGAGAGCUUGACAUGCAAGAGAUUGAAAGAUCAGAGCGUAUCAAGGCGUUACAGAUUUAUGCGCAAGCACGGGACGAUGUUAUCGAAAGUUAUCAACGAUAUGAGAGAACCAGGAUAGUUGAACGGACACGUCGUAAAGCUGCACUUGAAACGACAGAGAUAAAGACGAAUACUAUAGAAGAGGAACAGGAAAAUAUAAAAAACGAACCAAGCGAGAACGCAAAUACAGGGAAGGAUGAUGAGGCAGAGAACGAACGUUUCUGGAAGCAGCCUAGUUAUCAUACGCCAGAAGAUAGGGUCGCCAUCGCUGAACGAUCCUUGAAGCAACAAGAGAUGAGAAAUCGCUCUUCAAAUAAGAAUGAUUGUCCAAAACGCGUCCUGAAAUUAUUUGCCCCGAAUGGAAGAGCUUAUAAUAUAAAUCAAGCGAAAGUAUCAUUCAAGCUAAACGAUGAAGAUGAUCCCAAUUUUAUUGUUCUCGAAGUCUCCGUUUAUAGGCACUUAGAUACUUCUUACAUCGGCGUCGAUGUAAACCCGACUUACGUGCGAGUUAUCAUAAAAGGAAAGAUACUGCAGUUGACUCUACCUUGCGAGGUAUCGGUCGAGAGAAGUAAUGUUCAACGGAAUACAAUCACCGGAAAUUUGGUGAUCAAUAUGGCCCGUUUAAUCCCGUGCAAAACAAUCAUAGGAAAGGAUGAAUCGACGAAAAAGAAAGAAUCUAAACAGGAAAAAAAGAUUCUUAUAGUUCGACCGCCUGUAAUAUCUCGGCGAGCUCUUCUCGAGAUCGGUCCAUCUUUAGAUCUUCAUGAUUUUUUGAUGGUAACCAAAGAUUCCGCAAAACGAGCUCAAACAGAUGAGAAAAAUUUGGCAAAGGAAGAGGAAAGCCUCGAAAAUUUUGAAGACAACUCGGACGUUCCGCCUCUUGAAUAAACAGGGACAAUGGAACGAUUAUGAUGAAUGAAAAAUGAUAAUUAUAAGUAUCACGAUGAUUCUGAAACUUGAUCAUCGCAUUGAA